AUGAAGGCACGUAGUUCGAGUUUGUCGUCCAUAUCUGAUUUGUUUCGUCCAAAUAACCCUAGGAAGCUACGAUCCAGAGAUUUAAGCAGCACACGACUUGAUAUAUUGAAGAAGGAAAUACAAACAGACGCACAUAUCAUAUCUUUAAGAGAGCUUUAUUCAUUGCUUGGAACCGACCCAGAGAACGGACUAUCCACUGAAAGAGCUAAAGAAUUGCUUGAUUACUAUGGGCCCAACACACUUACACCGACCACACAAAAUUGGUGGCCAAAAUUAUUGCUUAAGUCGAUGUGUACCGGGUUUUCUAUAUUAAUUUGGAUAGGCGCAGUACUUUGUUUAACUGCAUAUUGCGUUGAGCUGUCCACAAAGCCUGCGCCCAGCCGUGAUAAUUUGUACCUGGGAUGUGUUCUGGUCGCAGUUGACAUUAUAUGCGGACUGUUCAGUUUCUUUCAAAACUACAAAAGCUCUAAGAUAAUGAAGACAUUCAACAGUAUGAUACCAAUGAACACGAACUGUGUCCGGGAUGGAGUCCUCAACACGGCAACACCGGUGCGAGAUCUAGUCAAGGGGGAUGUCGUUUAUGUCAAGGCUGGUGACGUCAUACCUGCAGACAUACGCGUGAUUGAUAGCAAGGGGUUUAAAGUUGAUAACUCUUCAUUGACUGGAGAAUCCAUUGCUGUGCCAAGAAGCAACACGGAGGGAAAACCAAAUAUCUUGGAAUCUCAGAACGUUGCUUUCUUCUCAGCUUUGUGUGUUGAAGGAUGGGCUUUAGGAGUUGUGAUAUGCUGUGGUGAUCUAACUGCUCUUGGACGGGUAGCGGGUCUUGCAGCAAGACUUCAGCCCGCACCGUCUCCUUUAUCCAGGGAAAUACGGAAGUUUAUGCAAUAUAUAUCAUUUUGGGCGGUGGGCUUGGGACUAUUCAUAGCAAUUGCCUCACUUGCUUUAGGAUAUCCGUUUAUGCAAACGACUGUAUUCGUUAUUGGCAUUAUAGUGGCUAAUAUACCUGAAGGGUUACAGCCAACCAUAACAGCGUCUCUUACUCUGACAGCUAAAAAUAUGGUGAAAAAAAAUUGUCUCGUUAAGAAUCUGGAAGCUAUUGAGGCUUUAGGAGCCUGCACUACCAUAUGCUCUGACAAAACUGGCACUCUGACCGAGAACAAAAUGAAAGUUCGUCAUAUUUGGAUCAGAGGAAAGGCUUACGACGUGAAUGAAUUGGCGAACGGUAACUUAUGCCCUCUACUAUUUGUGUGA